AUGAUUCGCUCCUUUCUGUCACAGAUUCUCACUGCCUUAGUCGACAAGGACACUCUUGCCAUGAACUUUUCGAACCGGAGAAGCUUUGUGAAGGACCUCGAAUACAACGACAUUCACGCGUUGUGCGACCUGAUUCACGACCUUGUUCAGCAGUUCGAUGCUGAUACGACUAUCUAUUGCUUUGUUGAUGAUGGCUCAAAGUUUGACGUCGAUUCUAGAGGCGCUUUUGCAUCACUUAAAUUGAUAUUUGGACGCAUCCAAGGCAUAAUUGGGGAUGAUAAUCUGAAACUAAAACUGAAGGUUCUCAUGACAGUACCAUUUAGAUCUUCACAACGGUUGAGGAGAACAAUUGAAGAAUGA